AUGGCCUCGUCGUCGUAUUCGCUCGAUAAGAUCAAUCCGAAAUUGUUACGGAGGAUCUAUAGAGCAUGCAGACCAACCAACGAUGAGCCAAACUUGGCGCUCAAUUUGGAAAUUUGCGAUUAUGUCAAUGCCAAAAAGGGUUCAGCUCCAAGAGAUGCAGCAAUUGCCGUGGUCAAGUUGAUCAGCCAGAAAGAUCCACAGACUUCCGAGUUGGCUAUUGCCUUGUUGGACAAUUUGGUCAAGAAUUGUGGAUAUCCUUUCCAUUUGCAGAUUUCACGCAAGGAAUUUUUGAAUGAAUUGGUCAAGAGGUUCCCCGAAAGACCCACGAUGAGAUACUCACGCGUUCAAAGAUUGAUCUUGCAACAUAUUGAAGAAUGGUAUCAGACCAUUUGCCGUACUUCUAAAUACAAGGAGGACUUCGGGUACAUCAAGGAUAUGCAUCGACUCUUAUCGAACAAGGGGUACGUUUUCCCCGAAGUUAAAGUUGAAGAUAUCGCCGUGUUGAACCCGGGUGACAAUUUGAAGUCGUUGGGUGAUUUGCAACAAGAGGAAGCCGUGGUUCAUUCUGCUAAAUUGCAAGAGUUGAUCAGAAGAGGUAGACCUCAAGAUUUGCAAGAGGCCAACAAAUUGAUGAAGAUUAUGGCUGGUUUUAAAGAUGACAAUGUCAAGGAGAACAAGAAGCAAUUGAAGGAUGAUAUUGUUCGAUUAUCUAGAAAAGUGGAGAUUUUAGGCGAGAUGUUGGCUUCGAUUGAGCAGGCUGGUGCUCAAAUUGACGACAAUUCAGACGAGGCCGUGGUUGAGCUUUAUAGUUCAAUCAAGAGCUCCCAGCCGAUUAUAGGGAAAAUCAUAGAGCAAGAAGAACAUGAGGAAAGCGGAGAAGAUGUUCAUGGUCUUUUGUCCUUGAAUGAUGAUGUGAAUAAAGUCAUUAGUAAAUUCCAAUUGUUGAAAGGUGGCAAAUUCGAUGAAGCUAGCCAUAUCCAAGUCUCGAGAGGCUCGGCUGCGGCUGAUUUGAACUUGAUUGAUUUCGACGAUGCACCAGAAGAUGAUACUGCUAGUAAAGAACAAGGAUAUAACGAUUUAUUGAGUGAUUUAUCAAACUUGACAUUUGGUGGCGGCAGUAGUAACACUGGCGCAGGUUCAGCUAGUGGAGGACAAGUUAAUCCACUUAAUUUUUAUGGAGCCGGUGGCUCUAUUGCCUUGGGUGGAAGUUCUUCUGGUUCGACCCAUACCCAAUUACAUCAGCCGACGCCAUCAUCAUCAACAAAACAACAACAACCAACAGCAGCAGCUUCCAAUUUCGACUUGUUGGCUGAUUUGAACUCGCCUUCACCACAAUUCCAAUCCCAUAUCAAUAACAAACCCUCGGGCUUGGAUCCAUUUGGUUUCGAUUUCCCUAGUUCGACUCCGCAACAAGUACAGAAACCAUCCCAGGGUGGCUAUACCAAGAUGAUAGUCUUGAACCAAUCCAACAACUUGUUGAAGAUUGAAGUUGGAGUUCAGCGAAACCAAGCUUCGUCAUUUGCUGGCCGAAUUCUUUUUUCAAAUUUACAAAAUCAAAAUGUGUCUCAGUUGCAAUUUAUGAUUGCUGUGCCCAAGGGUUGCAAAUUGGAGUUGAGGCCUCCAACUAGUGAUGUACUUUAUGGUUUUAACAAUCAUGGAGUCUCACAGGAUUUCACAAUUGAGAAUCCCCAACUGAAGCUGUUGAAGAUUAAAUGGAAGGUUGAUUACAAGGUCGGUAGUGAAUCAAAAGAAGAAACCGGUGUUAGUGUAUUGGAAUAA